AUUACUGUCUGAGUUGGAUUACUUCUUCCUGCUCCUUUUAAAGGCAUGUCAAUGCUUGUUCAUGGAAUUUACUUUUAUGAUACAUACUUUUUUGUCGAACUAAUCUAACUUUCUGUCUUGGUCUUGUUUACGUUACUCGUUACAACACAAAAAGUAAUCUGCGUGAAAUGAACCUGCAGAUUAUUCACUCACGGGAAAGUAUGAUAAUAACAUACAAUACAAUAAAUACGAUAGUGUUUUUUUUUUUUUAAGUUUUGUUCCUAUAUGACACGGCGUCGCUCUCUGUGUGCAGGGCGGCUCCUCUCAGUGCAGUUGCGGUUGUCUGUAGCGGCGGCUGGUCACAUGGCCCACGUGCAUGUAAAUGACAGGAGGGAGUGGAGAAGCAGAGGAGGAGGAGCGGGUGUUGUGGGGGGAGACAGAGGGAAAGUGAGGGGCACUCGCUGACACAACGGAGGGAGCGCUUUUUUUUUUUUUUUUUUUUUUUACGAGGUGCCUUGAAGGGGACCCUGCGUGGCUCCCACCGUCCCGUCUGUGCGCUCGGACGGUAUCGGGGAGCCGUCGGUCGCGUUCGCGCUCUCGGAUAUUAUUUAUAACCGCCUAGAAAAUUGGAUGACACACACACACACACACACACACACACACACACACACACACACGGGCAAGAGAAUCCCGGAAAUAACAUGCGUACUCUCAGCCUGUCACGUACGCUCGCUGUGGAUUUGCAUUGCUGUCGGCUGCCGUAGCAGGGACGUGAACAUGAGGCUGCUAAGUUCAGAAAUCAGCAGUCGGAAUAUAAGUCGUAAAAAAAAUGGUGUUUCAGUCCAAUAUGAGUGAGUUAAAACACCCAACACAGCCCCACAAUGUGUAUAAGAGGGAUACAAACGCAUUUGAAGAGCAUUAAAUGAGAGGAUAAUGGGUGAAAUAAAGGCAGGAGGAAGAGGGUCGGGGCAUGAAACUUCUCGCAGCUGUGGCAGAGCUCCUCUCCAUCAGAGACAGCAGUGGCUCAGCUAGAAAAUGAAGCGAGGACGUGAGCUACGUGCGCAUCCAGCCGAUGACGAGAUGAAAUGGAGAGCUUGGGACACACGGACCUUAUAAACCCAAGCUCUUCCCGCGGACCCGUCGCUUUUUCACCCACACACGAGAGAGGGACGAGCGGGCAGCAGCAGCUCGUCGGUGCAGCCGCGGACAUUCACCGAGCGGACAUGGGUCUGAACGGCUUCUGCGCGGCGCCGGUCGGCAGUCCGACCGCCGAGGAGUUGCUGGCGGGUCUGGCUUCGCAGACCGACUCCCCCGCGAUCACAACCCCGACGAAGCAGUCCAAGACCGGCGUGCCGCUCUACAGCGGCGGGGUGGUGUCUCCGUCCGCCACCGUGGAAGGCAGCCACGCCGGAGCUCUGGCCCACACGCCGAACGGUUACCCGGCGCAGAUGAAGGGGCAGGCGGGGGUGACAGGCGGCCCCAUGUACCCCCCAACCAGCAGAGCCUGUCUGGUGGAGAACGGGGACCGGACUGCUCAUGAGAAGUGCCCCUCGGUGAUGAGGAGGAUCAAUGGUGACCUGAAAGCCAGACAGGUCCAACAGCAGAAGCGGAGAGGUGGGGAGAACCGGGACAUGGGGUCAGGUAGCCUUACUGGGCUCGUGGUCGGGUCAUCCGGGUCGGGGAGUUCUGUGGACCCGGGGGACUCGGACUCUAAACGGAGAAGGCUGGCUGAUGGAAGUGUCGCUCACAAAUCUUCAGAAGCCUCCAGAGCGGGCCGAGUAGUCGCCUCGCUCACAGUCCCAGUCAGCAGCUCCCAAAUGACCAUUGGCCAUGUGCAUUUUGUCACCCCUCAAUCUCCCUUCACCCCUCCUGCCCCUCAUACUAACCAGCACAAGGGACUCAAAGUGGCCCCUCUGGGCCCACCAGCUGCCUCCAGCCAGACCUCCCCAGUCGAGGCUGACAGCAUCCCGACCCCGCCGCCUCCUGCAGGGGCCGGCUGGUCAGCAGAGCGGAUAGCCCUGCAGUACAUCGUCCCCUGCAUGAAAUACUAUGGCAUCUGUGUGAAGGACAACUUCCUGGGCCCUCAGCUGGGCGACAGGGUCCUGGAGGAGGUGGAGCUCCUAAACCGGAGCGGGAAGUUUCGUGGCGGGCAGCUGGUGAGCCAGAAGAGCAUACCUUCUCGGAGCAUCCGGGGCGACCAGAUCGCCUGGGUGGAGGGACGGGAGCCCGGUUGCAUGAGCAUCGGGAUGCUGAUGGCUCACAUUGACGAGGCCGUCAUGUACAGCGCUGCCAAUGGACAGCUGGGGGACUGUGUCAUCAAUGGACGCACUAAGGCCAUGGUUGCCUGUUACCCAGGCAACGGGGCAGGUUACGUCCGCCAUGUUGACAACCCAAACGGCGACGGACGCUGCAUCACGUGCAUCUACUAUCUGAACAAGAACUGGGAUGUCAAGAAACAAGGAGGGAUGCUGCAGAUCUACCCCGAGGGCAAAAGUGUGGUAGCCAACAUCGAACCUCUGUUUGACCGGCUGCUCAUCUUCUGGUCUGACCGCAGGAACCCACACGAAGUCAAGCCAGCCUACGCCACUCGCUACGCCAUCACAGUCUGGUACUUUGAUGCCAAAGAGAGAGCUGAAGCUAAAGAGAAGUACAAACUGGCAACGGGGCAGAAAGGUGUUCAAGUGCCUGUCACUCAGAACAGCAGGACAUAAAUCUCAUCUAAUCACUGGAGAUGUGCCUUCCUGAACUGCUAAUGGACGCCGAGAUCAUAAAGGGAGACACUGUUAGACUGUCAGUUAUCUCGGCAGCGACCGUGCCACUUUUUUACGGUGUCAGCUGUACAUCACUGGCUGUGUGAUGUAAUGUUUUCCUGCCAUGUGAUUGGGCUGCAGAUCAAAGAGGUGGCAGAUAAAGAGCACAAUGGACUGGAUUAUGUGGGGGAGGAGAGAUCGGAAUUGCGUACCGUGUCAAAAAAAAAAAAAAAAAAAACGGAAGAAGGAGAAGAAGAAAAAGGACUUCGACCUCUCACUGAAUCAUGUAUGAAGACAAGACAGCUGAAAACACGGACUCCUUUAUUUGAUUUUGUUGCAGUUUUGCCUGUUCAGUUAUCAGUGACAUUGUGGUAUAGUGAGAAAUCAUUGUUUUACUCUUCUCUGGUGUCGGUUUCAUUUCAAGGAGAGGGAUGGUGAAUCGGUGGACGGACAGUGGGGGGUUGGGGGUAAAGGGGCGCAGGUCUGUGAUGUGGUCCCCUUGUCUCAUGAUGUGGGAGAGUGUGUAUGAGUGGUCAGUUGUAAAAGACAGGGGCUCAGAAAAUCGGGGCAUCAAGUGGUUGUCGACCGCGAUGCAGUCCUCCAUGUCAGUCCCGGCACAAGCACUAAACCUAAACAUUACAGGGACGCACUCGAGGGCAAUUCUAAGCUGUAGUUUCAUUCUAUGUAGCACACAAUUAGAGUUCAGGAAGUGACCCAGGACUUCAGUUCAAUGUCUGGCUGAUAUAUAUAUAUUUUUUUUUAAAAUGACGUCACAAAAUGAUUAAUUCCUCCCCUUUUUCUGUAGUUUCAUUGUAUGAAACAGAUUUUGAAGACUGCCCCUGCAUUAAAAAAUAGUUUGCCUUGACUCAAAAUAUUUUGAUUACAUGAACAUUUACCAUCAAAUUUUAUUACAUAUGUUCAGUGUCAAGUGUCAGAUUUAAAGAUGCAAAAUGUAAGAAUUGCUGUCGAAUUUGUUCUCAAAAGACAUACAGGGCAGCACAUCACCAGAGUGACCACUAGCUGCUGCUAACUGCAGUUGCUGCUAGCUAGUUAGCUCAGUUUGCAGUUCAGGCUGGGAGCUCGGAGACCAGGUGACUGUCAUGUCCAAUUUUCCACCAACACUGGAAUAUGAGGAAAUAAGACAUUAUGCUAAAGUUAGCAUGCUAACAAGCUAGCCCCCAACCCAUCCUGUUUCGUUAUAUAUACGCCUACUCUGAACCGCUAGCUGCAUGGCUAACUGAGCUGACUAGCAAAUGGCAGCUGCAGUCAGCUGCAGUCAGCAGCAGUCAGCGGAUACUCUAGUGUUGUGCUGCCCCCUAUUUGUUUGGAGUGGCCUUGGACAGAUCUCUAAAUGUGACCCUUUACAUUGAACUUAUGUAAAAGAAUUAGAUGGAAAAUGAACAUGUAGUUGAAAUAAUGAGAGUCACUAUUUUAGGAAAAUUAUUUUUAUGAGCAUAGAGAACACAAAGCUUUUCUUCAUAACCGUGGAGUGGUGCUCUUUGUAGGACUAAAGUACAUGACUCACACUUGAGACAAGAGGCGAGCUGUGCAGAGACAUGGGGUCAAAACAGGGUUUGAUGAAACAGAGUGUGUUUUCUGUGUCGCCGUGUGUGUGUUUGUGUGUAUGCUCAUUAGCUUCUCUUAUCUGUUCUUAACAAGAUAAAAAACAGCAUGUAUCACCAGAGUGGACGCUAUAACACAAACCUUCUGCCCAAACGAACACACACCUGUACACUUAAGACCAUUUACAGUCUAAAGCACAGCGUUUAAGCAUACACUGUAUGUGAACUGCAGGGUCAAACUACUGUCUGCUCGUGUGUGGGAUCGAGUGUCUGUGUGUAAAAAUGUGUGUGACGAUUGCCACUGUCUAGGAGCGUCGCAGGUGUUUUCUCAGUGUGUUUAAAGAGAUGGUUAUUUUUUUUGAAAAAAGCACUUUAUUGUUUGGAAAUACCAUGCGUGAAUGAUAGAAAAAAAACUAUAACUGAAAAUGUAGAUUAAUGCCUUUAUGCUGUGGAUAAUAUGGUCAUUCAAAUGCAAUAGAAACUAAAACAAUGAGAACAAAUGGAAAUUGUUUGCCUUAUUCUUUUGUUUUUAUUUUGCAGUAUUUAAUUAAAACCCUUCUGUUUUUGUACA